CAGCCCCCCCUUUAGUGAGUCCCUGCUUCAUAUUGGCACACCUCGAGGAUGCUUCGCAAGAUCGGAUAUGCGUGCGCUGGAGCGCGGCCCCGGCCGGGGGCUUCCACCAUUUUCUACUUCAUUCGUCUGUUCCGCUGACUUCAGUGGAGGUGGUGUGAAUUAGUGCCUUCACCACGCUGGAUUAUCAUGGGAUUUUUGACCUUAUUCAGCGACCCCGGGAUGUACCUGCUCCGCAUCCUGGUCCUCAUCAGCAUCAGCUCCCAGGCAGCUGGUGACCUGUUCUCCAAGGCCACCAAGAGUCGGUCGGACGACCUGCAUAACAGCGUGUUCGACUUCAUCAUCGUGGGAGGAGGCACCGCGGGCUGCGUGCUGGCCAACCGCCUGUCGGCAGUGCCUGAGUGGAGGGUCCUUCUCUUAGAAUCGGGUGACGAAGAGAACAUAGACUACGACAUCCCGGGAGUCCCAACCAAAGACUACCGGCCGAUCCUCUGGAACUACAAAACUGAGAGAAAUGCCUUCUCCUGCAUCUCACGACCCUCGGGCUCGUGCGAGAUCAAGACCGGGAAGGUCCUCGGGGGGUCCACGGUGGUGAACAACAUGAAGUAUACCCGGGGGUCCAAGUCUGACUACGACGGCUGGCACAAUUCUGCUGCAGCAGCGUCCUUGGACUGGAAAUUUGGGAACCUGCUGGAGUUCUUCAAAGCUUCCGAGGACAAUGGUGACUACGAUGUGCUGAUGAACUCGCACUACCACGGGCGCGGCGGAGAGAUGCACGUGCAGAGGUUCAAGCACGUCGACAGAUACAUGGAAGUCUUCACCGCAGCCUUCGGAGAAAUGGGCCUUAAGACUCUCGACAUAAACGCCAAUGUCCCAGAAGCAGUCGUCAACAACCAGUUCGCGAUAGCCAACAAUACUAGGCUUAGCACUAAUAAUGCUUUCCUUAAACCUAUCAGGCACAGGAAGAAUUUAGUGGUUAAAACUGGUGCCACAGUAACCAAAAUUGUAAUAAGCAAACAGGAAAAAAGUGUUGAAGCAGUUAUUUAUGAACAUGAAAAGGGUAAAGAAAGACCUGCUUAUGCCAAACGAGAAGUGUUGCUCACUGCUGGAGCUAUUAAUAAUGUCAAAAUUCUCCAUCUGUCAGGAAUUGGUCCCAAAGCUGAGCUAAAGAAACUCAACAUUACAACAAUUCACGACCUUCCAGUCGGUCUCAACUAUCAAGAUCAGGUGACCACUGGGGGCUUGGCUUUCAGUAUUAACGAUGUGGCUCCAGUCAGUGAAAGUCAAAUAAUUGCUGAUUUCAAAACAUGGUUCCAAAGCAGAAGUGGACAUUUAGCAUCAGUUGGUAUAGGCCAAGUGUCAGCUUUUGUACAAUUGUAUGAAAAUAGUAAAGGUCCUGAUGUAGAAUACGUUUUAGAAGGUAACUUUGUUAGAAGUGAUAAGUUUUUACUCACAAAUAUAAGUGUAGCAGUAGCUGAAGAGCACAGUCUUCCUAUAUCCUAUUAUAACUUGGUGAACGUUUACCCAGUGCUAUUAAGGCCUAAAAGUAAAGGUAAAGUUUUACUAAACAAAAGAAAUCCCAAAUAUGGAAGGCCAACUAUUCAAGCGAAUCUACUGAAAGAAAAUGAAGAUAUUGAAACUUUAGUUGAUAGUAUCGACAUUGCUUUGCAACUUCUUGAUACAAAAGAACUAAAGAAAGCAGAAAUCAAAUUUGCUCCUCUAGACUUAUUCCCCUGUGAUAGGAUUAAGAAUAGAGAUCAAUGGAAUUGUAUAGCGAGACAUUUUACUAAAGCUAUGAGCAAUCCAAUAGGAACAUGUAGGAUGGGAGAUAGUAAAGAGGAUUCCGUUGUAGAUUAUGAACUAAGGGUGCACGGUAUAGAGCGUCUCAGGAUCGUAGACGCAUCGGUGAUGCCCACCCAUGUAAGGGGGGGUAUAUUUGCACCAACAAUGAUGAUUGCCGAAAAGGCUUCAAGGAUGUUAAUUAAAGAUUGGAGAGAAUCUAAGAAUCAGUUCUACAAUGGAAGAUGAUAAAGUUAGAGAUAAUUAUGUAAAUUGUAAAUAAAAUAAUUAUUUAGUA